CCGACUUCAUCUGAUCAAGGACAUCCAAUCCGGAAUCAACAUGCCUGAACCACCCAAAGCACCGAAGAAGGGCUCCAAGAAAGCCGUCUCCAAGGCAACCAAGAGCGGCAAGAAGAGGAGAAGGACAAGGAAGGAGAGCUACGCCAUCUACGUGUACAAAGUCCUGAAGCAGGUCCACCCCGACACUGGGAUCUCCUCCAAGGCCAUGGGCAUCAUGAACUCCUUCGUGAGCGACAUCUUCGAGCGUAUCGCCGGUGAGGCCUCCCGUCUGGCUCACUACAACAAGCGCUCCACCAUCACCUCCAGGGAGAUCCAGACCGCCGUCCGCCUGCUGCUGCCCGGGGAGCUGGCCAAGCACGCCGUGUCCGAGGGCACCAAGGCUGUGACCAAAUACACCAGCUCCAAGUAAACAGCUGUUUACUCAACAACAACAACAACGGUCCUUUUCAGGACCACCCACUGCUUCUACUGAGAGCUCUGAUCCUCCUGUUACAAUCACUGACAUCAGAAACAUUUAAUAUUUAAACAGCUCAUCUGAACAAUUUAAAAUGAUUUACUAAGUAAACCAAGGAUUUCCUUAGUUGUCAUUUAAUAGGCACCUAGGUAAUGCUACAAUUUUAGAUGAUUAAUAUCCCAAUACUUAUGAUCCUCACCUAUACCAUUGUGAGUGUAUAUAUUGAUUAUUAUAAAUAUAUCAGUUUAUCAGUAUUUGUUCACAUAUUAAAUGUAUCUAGUUAAACCAACCUUCCUGUAUAUAAAACAAUUAAUGUAAACAUAAACCACUAUUACAUUUGUGUAUUGGACAUUUUAUACUUUGUACGUUAGUAACUACAUCACUUAUAGUCUGGAGUUCUGGAUUAUAUUUAAUGUUAUAGGGUAAUAAUUAUUCAUGUAACUUAUAAAGAACAGAAAUAGGGAGCUGACUGGUUCCUGACCAACACGUCACUAUAAUACUAAUGUAGAGCAGAUAAUAAAGUGUUUGUUUUUCUUCAUCAUUUUACCUGAUAUGUGUUUUAUGUGUUGUAAGGUUUCUUCCUGUAGUCACUUUCUUCUGUUUUCUGAAUAAAUUGGAUGGAUUUGUA